GCAGGGUCGGGGGGAGAGGCGACAUGGGAGUGCGCCUCCUGCAGAGGUACCCGGGCUGAGCGAGGGGGUUCCAGUACCCAGCCCCGGGUCGGUGGGAGGCGUCGUUACUGUCUGUGGCCUGCAAACUGAGGUGCGCGGGCCGAUACGGGUGGACGUCCGAGCGCUCCUGUACCAGGACGUGUGCAUUACGAGCUUCGCAGACUGCGGAUUCGAGGCAGCUUGAUGUUCCGGUGGUUGCUCGGAGGCUCGACUUCGGAGGAGGGUAUCAAGAAACUGAUAAUGUUUCCUUGAAUUCGCUUAUGUAUUUGUUUCAUCAAUGUCACUCAUAUUGAAUAUCUUAAGAGAAAUGCUGGAAUAUUUUGGUGUCCCCAUAGACCAGGUUUUGCAGAUUAGAGAAAAUAAAGACUAUGGAUCAGCUCGGAGUAUUGUUCGUAUUAUUGGGAAAAUUCUUCCUCUAGAACCUUGUCCCAGGCCUAAUUUUGAGUUAAUCCCGCUGUUGAACUCUGUAGACUCUGGUAACUGUGGAUCUGUAGUUCCAUCUUUUGCUGAUACUUUGUGUGUGGCAAAUGAUGAAGAAGCCAGUUACCUCAGAUUUCGAAAUAGUAUACGGAAACAUGAAGAAGAGGAGAAAAUGGAAUUUUUCCAUUCUUUGCAACCAGUUUGGAAUCCAUUGUCACCUGCUCUCAGACAGAAUAAACGAAUGAAAAGUGACGGGCCUGUAGGUGAAGCAACAUUAAAAAAAAUAGCUGCCCUCGAAGAGGAGCUGACUUUUCUCCGUACUCAGAUUGCUGCGAUCGUGGGAAGGCAGGAAACGAGAGCCAGAGCCAGUGCGCAUGCGGGCUUCUUUGACUUGAAUGACGAGCCUAGCAGUGUGGGACAAAGACCGUCACCAGGGACUGCUGAACUGAGUGCCCAACCAGAUCCAUUUUCAAGUUCAGUGCUUUUUCCAUCCCACCCCCUCCCUCCUCCUCCUCCUCCACUGCCCCCUCAACUUUUUUCUCCAGAGCCUGCAUGUUCUCCUCUCACACAGCCAGGAUCUAAUAAUAUGUGUGACUCAGAUAAUUCAGCAAAUGAAAUGAAAAAACAGCACCCACGUGAUAGUAAGACCAAUUACAGUCAUUCAAAAAACCAUGAUGUUCCAAACAUGUUGGAUGUUUUAAAGGACAUGAAUAAGGUUAAGCUUCGUGCUAUUGAACGGUCACCUGGAGGUAGACCCAUUCAUAAGAGGAAAAGACAAGAUUCACAUUGGGAUCCAGUGUCUUUGAUAUCCCAUGCGCUUAAGCAGAAGUUUGCCUUCCAAGAAGAUGAUUCCUUUGAGAAAGAAAAUAGGUCUUGGGAAUCUUCUCCAUUUUCUAGUCCAGAAACUUCAAGACUUACUAUGAAGUCUUUUGAAAUAAAACACUUGAUUUGA